AUACGAUUUGAAGGUGAGGACCGCUGGCUGUGCACACUACUGCUGGAGCAGGGCUGGCGUGUGGAGUACAACGCCACGUCCGACUCCUACACAAAUGCCCCGCAGGAGUUUAAUGAGUUUUACAACCAGAGACGCUGCUGGGGGCCCUCCACCAUGGCCAACACCCUGGACCUUCUGGGCAGUGGGGAGCUGACGGUGAAGAAGAACAAAUCCAUCUCCACCCUCAUCCUCUACCAGACCCUCACCAUGGGAGCCUCCAUCCUCGGCCCAGCUACUGUCUGUCUGAUGAUUGCAGGAAGCUUCUCCUUUGUCUUUGACGUUUCACCUAAUUGGUCACUUGUACUAGCUAUUGUGCCCCCGGCCAUCUACUUGAUUCUGUGCUACCUCCUGAAGUCCAACACCCAGAUCACCAUUGCAGCCGUUAUGAGCAUCUUCUAUGCCUUCUUGAUGACAGCGAGCAUUUUUUCAAUAAUUGGUGACAUGGUUGAAGAGGGCACCUUCGUGACCCCCAGUGGUCUCUUCUUCAUCGGCAUAGUGACCAUGUACAUUAUCACUGCCCUGCUCCACCCCAGCGAGUUCCACCUCAUCAUACGAGAGACCGUUGCUCCGAAACAAGCUGCCGGUGCUGCUGCCACGCAGACACAGAUCCAGAAGAAGAUUUCCAAGUUUCAAAGGAGGUGUAAGUGCUGCAGCUGGAACCUGGAGUUCCAGGUCAACGAGGACCAGGAGGUGACCAUGGUUGUGCCUGUUAGCGCUCCACAGAAGGAGCCUGAGAAGCCAGAAGAGAAAGAAAGCCACAGAGAAGACUCAAAGAGUUCCUGGAUUACAGAGUUGGUGGAAAGAUCUGGGGAGCUGAAGCUGGAAAGAAAAUACCUUGAUAAUGAUGAGGUGCAGUUUUGGGAGGGUCUCCAGGAACGCUAUCUCAAACCUCUGGAUGAGGAUAAGGCAAAGAAGAAGCAGAUUGAGGCAGACUUAAAAGACCUAAGAAACAAGGCCACAUUUAUCUACUUCAUCUGCAAUGCCCUCUGGCUUGUGGCGACGUUCUUUCUGCAGAAGAUAGAAGGGGCUGUCACCAUCCAGAUUCCCAAGCUGUAUCCCAAUGGGACAUUAGAUACUGACGCGAAAAUCUUCAUUGAUCCCAUUGGCCUAAUGUUUGUCAUUGGCUUUGCACUUCUACUGGGGAUUCAGUUUUUCGCCAUGCUGUGGCACAGACUGCAAACGCUGAUUCACUUCAUAGCCUACCAAGGAACCGAGUCUGCAGUCAUCAAAAAUAAUUUGAAAAAGUCUUAUGAGAAUCUAGACAAUGAAAAGGUAUAA